AUUUCGGAGGAGAGUGAUGGGGGCUCUGAGAGGGGGAGGACUUUCUGCUUCUCCGAACGUCUGAACCGCUCGACACGGGUCACGUUCCGCCGAGCGCUGCCCCGUAAGCGGGUGUGUAGUCAGCGCUGCAGCGUUGAUUUUCCUACAGUGUUGGGUUGGGGAAAGAAGAAGCGCUGGGGUUUUGUUUUGUUUUGGGUUCCCCACCCCCCUCGUCCUCGCUGAGGUAAAGCAACGGGACCGGCGUUUCGCGGGAGGUUCGCGCAGUUUCGAAGUGACUUAGGCCUGCUUCACCUGGAGCGAGGCCCGUUGGGAUGAAGUGGGGCUCGCGUCUGUGGCGUGUAGGGGUGCCAAGUUGGAAUAAAAUAUGGGGGGCAGGUAAGCCCCACCCCACAUAAUCGCAUGACUGAAUGGCAAUGCCUAUCGACUUUGGGGAGGCCACCCCCCCUUCAAAUAUUUUAUUGGGGGUGGGGUAAGCAAAGGGACCUCAGUCCCUAGGAGCUGGCCCCUAUGGUGGCGUGUUAGUAAAGCCGGGCGCUGCCCUACCUUGGGAAUAAGGUAAUGGGGUGGUGAGUGUCAUAUCUGGAACCUUUGCUAUGGUAGACCCAGCAGCAGGUGGUUCUUAAGCUCCCUUUCCAUCCUAAGAUCUGAGAUGCGCUUACUUGCAAGCAAGCCUCGUUUAACUUGAAUGGGCCAACCUGAUUGCUCGGUUGGUUAGAGUGUGGCAUCAAUAGCGCCAAGGUUGCGAGUUUGAUUCCCGUAAGGGACAGCUGCCUGUUCCUGCAUUGCAAGGGGUUGGACUAGAUGGUCAUCAGGGACCCCUUUCCAACUCUACAAUUCUAUGAUUCUGUUAUUGUUGUGACCGGAAUUGAACUGCUAACUGGAUGGUUGGCAACAAGCGUAGCAUAAUGGCAAAUAAAGUUCAUAGGCUGCGUUUUCCCCUGUUUAGAUCAAUUUUAUUAAAGGUUUUCGACAAAGAGGAAAAAAGAAACAAAAAUGGUUAAGUACUGUAUCUAAAAAUAGUUACAGGUAGGUAGCCGUGUUGGUCUGAUGUAGUUGAAACAAAAUAAAAAAAUUCCUUCCAGCAGCACCUUAAAGACCAACUAAGUUUUUUAUUUUGGUAUGAGCUUUUAUGUGCAUGCACACUUCUUCAGAUACACUGAAAUAGCAAGUCCCCAGACACUUAUAUAUAGAGCAGGGGUUCCCAACAAAAUUUUCUCGAGGACCCCUCAUCGAGCCGCUAUUGUGACAAGGACCCCCAUUAAUUCCUAAUCCUAAAAUUAAAAAGUGAGAGCCAAAUUAAGAGUCUUUUUAUAUUUUAUAUUUAUACGUUUUUUACAGUUACAACAGAGUACUCCAUCAGUAUACAGUUAGUUUUAAUUUUCAGUUCUUAAUGAGAUGAGUUAAAUCUGUCCUUUGAGUCCAUUAUUUCUGAAAUAUUAGGUUCCAAACUUGAAACUUUCACUCUGAAAUCCAACCGCAUGUCAAGCCGAUUCCUAUAUUUGUUUUUCAUGAAACACAUGGAAGAAAAUGCUUGCUUUGUUUACAAACACUACUGUUUUGCAAAGAGGCAGCGCACGCCAGGGAGGAGGGAGGGGAAUGGAGAAGACGGGGUACCUGCGCAGUAGCGCACAAAUGAAGCCGACGUGUGCAAAGCAUCUUGGGGAGGUGAGCGUUAGUAGAAUGCGCGCGCUGCCUCUUUGCAAAACAGUAGUGUUUGUAAAGCGCCACCUAACGGCAUACAGCAGAACUACUGCCUCUAAAUUCUAGUUUUGCGCUAGACUGCUCAUGCAGGAAGCGGCCAAAACAAAAAUCUGUUAUCAUACGAAAUAUAUUUAAUAUAUUUUUUAUUCUAAUAGCAUCUUGCGGACCCCUCUGGCAUAGCUCGCGGACCCCUGGGGGUCCCCGGACCACCUGUUGGGAACCACUGUAGAGAAAGGGUGGGGAGGGGUAUCACUCAGAAGGGUGGUGGAAAUGGGUGAUUGAUUGACUGACUGAUAGCUGUUGACAACUGUAAAGGUAAAGGGACCCCUGACCAUUAGGGCCAGUCGUGACCGACUCUGGGGUUGCGCGCUCAUCUCGCAUUAUUGGCCGAGGGAGCCGGCGUAUAGCUUCCAGGUCAUGUGGCCAGCAUGACAAAGCCACUUCUGGUGAACCAGAGCAGCACACGGAAACACUGUUUACCUUCCCACUGUAGCGGUUCCUAUUUAUCUACUUGCAUUUUGACGUGCUUUUGAACUGCUAGGUUGGCAGGAGUUGACGACUGUAAACUACUGCAAAUGGUCUUGCAUGAAAAAGCAAUGGGUGAGAUGGCUGAAGAUCGCUUUAUCAAGUAUAAUGAGAUAAGAAUCCAACGUCUCUGUUCAAACCAGGUCUUUCCAUGGUUUUAAGCUUGGUGAUAAUUUGCAAUUCAGCAACUUCUCUUUCCAGUCUAUUUCUGAAAUUCUUUUGUGGUAAGACAGCUACUUUGAGAUCUUGUAUAGAAUGUCCUAUGGACAUUGUUAUCUAAAAAUACUGUAUGAGGCUGCCGGCAUAGUUUUGUAUCUCCCAAAGUCAUUAUGUGAUGGUCAUUGGCAUGUAAAAGUUCUGAAUCUCUAGGCACUUGUCUGAUCCUUCACAUGCUUACCUUAUGCUGUACUUUUGUAAACAUCAGCUGUACUGUUAAAAUGUAACUUUUUGUUCAGCCAAUCAGAGUGUGUUAUGGCACUUUGCCAAUCUAUUGAGGUUGCUCUCCUGUUUCCGCAAGAAACCUAAGUAGCUUUGUCCUGAGUCUGCAGUUUUUAAUGUAACCUCUGUGUGUCAUGCACUGUACAGCCUUCAAAAGGUGGCUAAUCAUUUGUCUAUGUAGUGUGAUCUUCUGAUUGCAAUAAGGCUGUAUCUCUAAUUUCCACUUGGCAUGGUCUUGAUUCCUUCCCCCAUCCUGCUCCUUUUCUGAACACAAUAAGAUUUUAAAAGCUUGGGGAGAAUGUGUGUGGCUUUUCAAAAAACGCUUUAAAAUCAUUUAGAGUUUCUAAGUAUUGGCAUGUAGUUCUGAAGGAUAGGGAUUCUCCACAUGUAUCUAAGCAAUCAGAAUUAUGUUGCCUUCCUAUGUCCAUUUGAAGUAGCUUUAUACCAUAAUUUAAGAUACAGUGGUACCUCAGGUUGCAAACACCUCGGGUUCCGCUAUCCCGGAAGUAGUACCUUGGGUUAAGAAUUUUACCUCAGGAUGAGAACAGAAAUCGCACCACGGCAGCGGGAGGCCCCUUUAGCUAAAGCGGUCAGGUUAAGAACGGACCUCUGGAAUGAAUUAAGUUUGUAACCAGAGGUACCACUGUAUUUAAAUCCUGUUCUUGGAAAACCUGUGAAACCUGCUAACAUGUGUUUGUGCAUAACACUAAACCAUGAUUUAGCACUACCUGGACAAUCUCUGGUGAGACUGAGAAAAGCACUGGGCUUGAGUGCUCCUGUAUUUCUUUAUACUCUGCUGCUGGUAAGAGUUUUAUUUCGCUUUCAAAUAAUGUUGGCUUGUCACAUUCUACAAACCAGUAGUCCUCACUUACAACAAAAACUGGUAAGGUUCAAAGCAAACCACCUUCAAAUCAUGGGUUAUGAAGCUGGCUCAACUAAGUAAGCAGUUUGUUUUAAGCCAUAUUCCAGAUUUGUACAAGUUGAAAAGCCAGUGUUAUCCGCACAGAAAUCCUCUGAGCUACAUAGGAGGGGAGGCGGAUUUUUGCUUGGGCUCAUAGCAGCUCAUCCAUGUAGCACUAAACCAUUGUUUAGCAUUGCAUAUCCCCAAACAUAAGGGAUAGGCUAGAGCAAAUAUUAACAUGGUUAAAGCAGACUUAACAUAAUAGAGCGUCCCUUGAUCUGGACUCUAUACUUCUGUUGAUGCUGCAUAGAAUAGCAUUAGCUAUAAGUAAUAGUACCAGUCUAUUCUGCCUUUGUCGGAGUACUGUGUCUAGUUCUGGGUGCUACAAUUUAAUAAGGAUGUUGACAAGCUGGGACAUGUGCAGAGGAGGGUAACCAAUAUGAUCAAGGGUCUGGAAACCAAGCCAUAUGAAGAACAGUUGAGGGUGUUGGGUAUGUUUACCCUGGAAAAGAAGAGACUGAGGGGAUAGCCGUCUUCAAAUCUCUUAAAGGCUGUCACAUGGUAGACGGUGCAAGCUUGUUCUCUCCUGCUCUGGAGGGUAGGACGCGAACCAAUGGCUUCAAGCUUGCAAGAAAGAAGAUUUCGACUAUAAACACCAGGAAGAACUUGCUGACGGUAAGAGCUGUUCAACAGUGGAAUGGACUCCCUCAGAAAGUGGUGGACUCUCCUUCCUUGGUAGUUUUUAAGCAAAGGUUGGAUGACCAUCUGUCAUGGAUGCUUUAGAGGGGAUUCCUGCAUUGCAGAGCAUUGGACUAUACUGUAUGACCCUUGGGUCCCUUUCCAUUUACAAUUAAAUGAUUCUGUGCUCCAGAUGGUGGUAUUGCCCUGAACUGGUGAGUUCAGAUUACACAAAAAAAGAUUAUGACUAACCAUCACAAAUAGCUUCCUAAUGGUACAAACUGUUUGACAGUGGUUGUCUUGUAAGGUUGUGGACUCUCCUUUGUUAAGGUUUUUAAGCAGUGGUUGGGUAACCAGGGAUGCUAUAGUAAUAGGUGUCUUGUAUUAGCAAGGGGUUGGUGAUGCUUGAGGUCCCUUGCAACUCUAUUAUUACAUUUAAAAUCCAGAUUAACACAGAGCUCUACUUAAUGUCAAUUGAUUAUCUGAGGGAAUUUCAAACAUUUUUUUCCUUUGUGUGCAAGUGUGCCUCUGUAUAAAGGCGGGUAUUUGAAAAAACUGGAUGUGGUUAUUAUAAGUUUCCUUUGCCUGCAGUAUAUAGUUAAACUUUUUUUCUGCUCUUCUGUGGUCUCCAGGCAACAGGUUCCUGUAGCAUUUUUAAUUGUAUCCUGGAAAACUUGUAAAUUACUACCCAGCAGCCAACCCAGCUAGUACUGGUGCAAUACAUGUUAGUUAUGACUGUUGCAUGCGCCUUUCAGAUAGUACCCAUGAUGAGCAGCACUCCUCUUUUUCUCAGUUGAUUUUAUUUUAUUUAUAAGAUGGGAUGUAUGAGUGUCCACAUAUUUGCUUGUAUCUCUCCCUGUCAGUAAUGCCUUUACUAUUCAAGAAUAUGUUUUAUUUCCCUUAAAGUUUCCUUCAGGAAGAAAUUGGCUAGAACAGCAUCUCCUUGUAAUCUGAUUUAGUCAGUGUGCUCUUACCAUUGUACUGGGGCCCAGGAAAGGCACUUAAAUUAAAAAUUAGUACUGUAUAGAAAUUAUCAGGUUUUUGUGUUUACUUGCUUACACAAACUUUUAAUUAGUUUGUCCAUUUUUAUGCGACUUGUGUCACAACAACAUUAAAGUGGUUGUUCCUGCUACUGUUUAGCAUCACUGGUGAAUAUUUUUACAUAAAACCGGAUUGUAAUUUCACAGUCAAAUUCUGUUGCUUUAAGUAUUGGCAAAAUGAAAGUAAACAUAUACAAAACUAAAUGUAUUAAUUACAUGUUUAAUAUGUUUUAUUUGCUUAAAGAAAUUUAGAGGCAAUCUGGAAUCAAGAUUAAAAGAAUUGAGAUGUUUUGCCGUUGGGGGACUGUGAGGAGGUUAUGUCUCAGUAAAUUACCAUUGCAGCAUGUUAUCCAGGCAAGAGCUUUAUCGGGGGCUGAUGCUGUCAAUGCUCUGCGGCCAUUCUAUUUUGCAGUGCAUCCAGAUUUCUUUGGCCAGCAUCCCAGAGAAAGGGAGAUCAAUGAAAAUUCUUUGAAGAAAUUAAAUGGGUAUUUGGAGAAUCUCCAAAAACCAGGUUUCAGGUCUUUAAAACCAACUCGGCUCACUUUUUACGUACGCGAGAAAGAACAAAAUCCUUCCAAUGUUCAAGAACCAUUUGGCUCCUCAGAAUUUCGAGCAGUCAGUUUCACCUUGCGCACCAAGGACCUACUAAGCACAGUGCUGGACAUCCUGAACUCCUGUAACUUAUCUACGGAGCAUGUCCAAAUCUUGAAUGGCAAAGUGGCGACUCCGUCUAACCAGUCAGCAGAAAGAAUCUUCCACAGGCCUAUCAAAUGGGACAAGACUUACUACUCUUUUACUGGAUUCAAGGAUCCCGAGGAAGAACUUGAACAGGCUCAAAGGAUGGAAACUACACUAAGUUCUUGGUUAGAUAGUAAUGAACAAAGUGCAGAAAAGAAGCUGAAGAAUAGCUUACCACUCAGGAAAGAGCUAGACCGUCUGAAAGGUGAACUUUCUCAUCAGCUACAGCUCUCUGAUAUCAGAUGGCAGAGGAGCUGGGGUAUUGCCCAUCGGUGCAGCCAGCUACACAGUCUAAGUCGGUUAGCUCAACAAAGCCCAGAAGCGCUAAGGAAUGCUAAAGGCCGCACAGUGAUAUUUACAGACCAUUCAGGCAUGAGUGCAACAGGCAAUGUUAUGCUAGGAACUAUGGAUGUUCACCACCACUGGACCAAAAUUUUUGAGAGAUUGCCAAGCUACUCUGCACUUCAGAAAAAAGUGCUGCUUUUGGAGGACCUCAUAAGCCAUAUUUUGGGAGGCAUACAAGUAGGAUACAUUGAAGAGCUUCAACCGAUGCUGAUGCUUGAAGAGUAUUACUCUGUCCUGGACAGCUUUUACAAUCGAGUGCGUAACAGCAGGCUCCCAUUUCACCCUCACAGCCUGCGUGGGUUGCACAUGAUUCUAGAAAGUGACAGGUAUGCACCAUAUCUGCAUGAACUAGGGCACUUCAUCAUCCCAACAACCUGUGAUCCAGCAGCACUCCAGUGGUUUAUGAUCACUAAAGCACAACAAGCGCGAGAGAAACUGAAAAGAAAGGAAGAGUCAAUGGUGUUAGAGAAGAAACUGAUCAAGGCUUCAGCUGAGAAAUUUCGUCUCCAACGGCUGUACAAAGAGCCCAGCGUUUCCAGUGUACAGAUGAUCCAUUCUUGCAAUAGACUGCUGGAGCGGGAGUCGCUUCCCAACUUGCAAGGCAUGCAUCUCUGCAUUUCUCAUUUCUAUUCCGUGAUGCAGGAUGGAGACCUCUGUAUUCCUUGGAACUGGAAACACUGAAGGCACCAACUGAGCAAACUUGACCAGUCCAAUAUUUUCCUAAGAAGCAAAUGAACAAUCGGAACUACUUAGACUAAAUUAUUGAGAUGCUUGUUUUUUAUGCCAGUAUUCUACAAGUAAUCCAAGACGGUUCCUUGGUUUUCACUGCUGCUAAAGCAACAAACUACUACGUCAGUUUGUUUAUGCUGUCUCACAAAUGGCUGAGUGGUUCCUAUAUGAAGUCCGGGAUGUCUCUGCUUCAGGAUGAUCACUGAAAGGAUCUGUUGGGGGACAAGAUGUACAAAACUUGGAUGAACUCUAAAGAAGACAAAGGCAUGUGGGUUUUUAUAUAUUCAAAAUCUGUUAGUACAUCCUCCAAUAUAGAUGAACAGUAUGGGUUUUAAUAUAUAAGAAAUUGUACUUAGAGAAUUGAAGUUGGCAUUGAAGCUUAUCUCUAGCACAGAUCCCCCCCCCAAUACACACACUGUUGAGCAGGCACCCCCAUAAACUUCGGCCCUCCAGAUGUUUUGGACUACAAUUCCCAUCAUCCCUGAUCACUGGUCCUCUUAGCUAGGGAUCAUGGGAGUUGUAGGCCAAAACAUCCGGAGGGCCGCAGUUUGGGGAUGCCUGCUGUUGAGACUAUAAAAACUGAUGAAUGGAUAUUUUUCAGACGUUGCCAAUAUUCUAGUUGAGUAUUUGUACAUAAAGCAUACAGCAAAGUAUUUAUUUUGCAAAAGUACAGUACAGGUUGUUUUGACAAAAUUUUAUAAAUGUCUAUGGAAAACCUUUACCCAUUAGCAUUGCACUUUCAACUUUUUUUUUUAGAUAAAAUUUAAAAAAUUUCCUACUGUGUUGCACUUUGAUUUGUAAACUGUCGUCUUUUCAGCCAUGAUACUGGUGUGUAAUUCUCUCCAGGUGCACUUACAGCUUAUUCCAGCCAAAGCAUAGUACAUGUCCACACAGAAACAGCCUGUGCACGUUACUAGGUACUAUGGGGAAUCUACCCAUAAGUCACAGGGCCCCCUAAUCUCCACAGGAUACCCCUGUGUCAAAAGCAGGAAGCUUAUUUAUGCAGAGUGGGGAAACCUACUCUGCAUGAAAUCCCUAAUGUUUGAAAAGUCAGAUCUCUGAAAUAAGCACCUUAAAAGACAUGUCUUGCCACCUUUGUAUGCAAAAGAUGCAUGCAAACUGUACCAAAUUUGAGUAUUAGUGUGAGGAAUAGUAUGGAGAAAACUAGGUUGUCAUGAGAUUGUCUACCAAGUACUUGGUUUCAUCUCAUUGGGUUAAAAUGCAGCACUGAUUUUUUUCCCUCUCUUUAAUUUUUUCCAAGAAAAAAAAUACUUUUGUUUUUACGUGUUUAUAAUGUAUGACUAACUCAAUGAAAUCUCUCAACAGGGAAAGGAAGAGAUGUUAACACUCUUGUUAGUGCGAGUAGUGGGUUCCGUGGAAGCUGAUAGCAUUCAUAUUCCCAAAUAAUGAUCCCUAAGCUUCUGCGUACAUAUUUGAGUGCUGCUGGAUGUCAUUAGUCUGAAAGUUCUGUUGUCCUGUAUCAGUAUUUUUAAACUACUCCUGAUGAGAUGUCAGUGUUGUUCUUCAGAAAUAAAACAGUCUUAAAAUUGCAUGACUAAUGUUAUUUACGGUUUAAUUUUUUUGAUGAUAAAAAAGGUUGAUAAAAGGCCUGUGCAGUGUUACCCACCUAGUCCAAUAAGUCUUAUCAACAUUCCUCUUCUCCUAGGCCUUUGACUGAAACAGUCUAUGGCCUUUUGAAUGUUUCUGAAAAAACGGAAUUAUUGAGGGUUUUUUUUGUUUGUUA